UACAUCAAAGACGAAAUCACCAUCAAUCUCUUCUAGUACCAUUGUCAAUCCACCUUCCUCAAAUUCUUCUCCCCCAGUAUCUCAGCAACAAUCACAAUACCCAGACGAACAUAUUCAAAAUUUAAUUUCAAUGGGAGGUAUUACGAGAGAUGAAGCUAUUAAAUUAUUAGAUGCAGCGGGUGGUAAUGUUGAAAUAGCUGCUAGUUUAUUAUUUGGAUAA